UCAGCUCACAGCAGAGAGGAUAUAUGCCAGUGACACAGGGGAGACUGGUGAUUAAAAGAAGGCGGUGAAGAUUGAGAAGGACCUGAGAAAGCUGAGUGUUGAAGACAACCCAGCAGUGUCUUACAAAGGAGCCAUCUAGAGGAUGAAGAUGUAUGUAGCUGCUGCUAUUGUGUUGCUGUGUCUUCUCUCACUGGGACAGUCAGCUCCACAGGCCAGUUGUGACAGUCUGGUCAAACCGAUUACAAUCAGCAGUGAAGAAAUGUUGGGGAGAUGGCUGUACAUCGGUGGGAGCUCUGACCUUCCAGGAAGUCGCUCUCUGGCUCACCUGAUGACCAGCGUCUGGUUGGACAUCACGGCAACCUCCCAGAGCAACGUCCUCAGUCUUUUCCAGACCCAGAAAAUAUAUGGCAGAUGUUCCAGCUUAAUUUACAAUGUGACGUUUGAAAACAGUGCAAUGUUAAUUGAGCAACCUUUUUACCUCAAAGAAGUCUACCUGCCAACUGACUGCCCUGACUGUCUGGUUGUUUAUGAAGAAAUCAUCUCUGGAACAGAUACUUUCAGAAGUCUUCUACUGUUUAGCAAACGUAAUAGCGUCUCACCAGCUGAUGUAGAAAUGCUAAAGAAACAGGCAGUUUGUCUCCAGAUGCCAUCAGUUCUCAUGGUAGACACAAAUGAAGAAACCUGCCCAGACAACAUCAAUCCAUCAGAGGGGAUCAGUGCCUUCGACAAGUUAUUACAGGCCAAAACAGGACACCGAUUUGCAAGAAUCCUGGAUACUAUAUUUGAUUGGUUUGUGAACUGAUAAGUGUUGAUCCAUGCCACUAUUCAUUUUUUGUUGCUAAAGUCUUUAAUUGUCCCACAAUACUUGAGGCAGGUGUGAUAAUAAUGUUUGAUUAAAUGAAAGCACUGAAACAGAUGACUAUCCUUACUAUUUUAAUAAGUGGUUUUGCAGGUUUUACUGGCUUCACUACUGUCAAAUAGUAAAUUUUCAAUGUCACACAUUAUUAGAUAAACUAAGCACAAAAGUAAAGAAUUUUGUGUUUGGUGGAUUAUUUCUUUGUUGUUACAGUGCUUCUUGGCAAUAAAUCUUACAAU